AUGGGUGUCGAGGAAUCAGUCUACUUGGCAAAGCUCGCAGAGCAAGCUGAGCGCUAUGAAGAAAUGGUCGAGAACAUGAAGGUCGUUGCUUCUGCAGACCAAGAACUCUCUGUUGAAGAGCGGAAUCUUCUUUCUGUCGCCUACAAGAACGUCAUCGGCGCUCGCCGAGCCUCUUGGAGAAUCGUCACAUCUAUCGAGCAAAAGGAGGAAUCCAAAGGCAAUGAGCAGCAGGUCAAACUCAUCAAGGAAUACCGUCAGACGAUCGAGAAGGAGCUCGGGAAGAUCUGCGAAGAUAUCCUCGAGGUCCUUGAUCAGCAUCUGAUCCCCUCGGCCCAAUCUGGCGAGUCCAAGGUCUUCUACCACAAGAUGAAGGGAGAUUACCACCGCUACCUCGCUGAAUUCGCCACCGCCGAAAAGCGAAAGGAGUCGGCCGACAAGUCUCUCGAAGCUUACAAGGCAGCCACUGAGGUUGCUCAGACCGAUCUCGCUCCUACCCACCCGAUCCGACUUGGUCUUGCCCUGAACUUCUCCGUCUUCUACUAUGAGAUUCUCAACUCUCCCGACCAGGCAUGCCACCUUGCAAAGCAGGCUUUUGAUGAUGCCAUUGCUGAGCUUGACACCUUGAGCGAGGAAAGCUACAAGGACUCCACAUUGAUCAUGCAAUUGCUGCGGGACAACCUGACCCUCUGGACUUCUUCUGAGGCUGAACCACAAGAGCCAGCUGGUCAAUCAAGUGAAGCGCCAAAGGAGACCGAGGGUGCCGCCGCCCCCACUGAAGCCGAGAAGACUGAUGCUUAA